GUCUGAAUUCUGACGUUGGUCGAAUAAAAUUGUCAAAUGUCAAGAGUCCACUGGCUUUGAAUAUGGACAAAAUUCACAAUUGGCAUUAAAAAUUGAAUAUGUUUCCUUUUUAAAAGGAAACUCUAAAUGAUAGACCGACUAUGUCGGUUAAUUUUCAUUGGCACGAAGAAUCACCGGCUCAUCAAUGUGGGUCCGAAGCUUUUUCAGGUCGAUGCUUUUUGGAGUGCCAAUCGGAGUAACUUUCCUGGAUACUGUAGGUUAUGUAGCCAGGGUAGAAGGCAUAUCAAUGCAGCCGGUAUUAAACCCAGAAUCUACGAACACAGACUACGUGUUUCUAUCUCGUUGGUCUGUGAAGGAUUUCAAUAUACAAAGAGGUGACAUAAUCUCACUGGUGUCACCGAAAGAUCCCAAUCAAAAAAUUAUUAAACGCGUUGUAGCUUUAGAAGGUGAUAUUGUGAGUACAUUGGGCUAUAAAAAUCAAUAUGUAAGAGUACCAGAAGGUCAUUGUUGGGUGGAAGGUGAUCACACGGGACACACUUUAGAUAGCAAUACAUUUGGUCCGGUUUCACUGGGUUUAAUUAAUGCAAAGGCCAUGUUUAUAGUGUGGCCACCUAACAGGUGGCAAAGUUUGGAAGUGAAGGUGCCAGAACAUAGAAAACCUGUCAGUACCCAGAUAUAACUAUAUAAUAAUCUAAGUUAAAAGUUUUAAACAGCAUUACAAUACAGACAGCUCUAGAUGUGAUGUGUUAGUUAUAUAAAUUGUUACAAUAUUUAUUACAGAGUGUAGUGAAAUGUAAAUAUUUAAUUUUAUAACAGACUGGUCUUGAUCUGUGCUUAUACUACUGCCAAAUUUGAUGAGCAACUAUUCAACUAAAAGUUUAAUGAAAUUUGCAAACAUUG